GUGAUGGGAUGGUGAAUGAGAAUGAGGAGAAACCCCAGCAGGAAGAUGCUCAGCAAGUAGAACCUCAUGAAACGUUAUCAGGAAGAUCCAAAGGGAAAGUUUCCAGGAGUUGUGCAUGCCGAGAAAAAGCAAAAGCCUACGAGACUCAGCAGAUGCCAGAGGAAAACUUCAGUAGCCACUCAGACCUUAUUACACCCAAGAGAAUCAACUUGGAAGGGAGACGCUACACAUGCCACGAGUGUGAGAAAAGCUUCAGUGGGACCUCUGCCCUUAUCGGACAUCACAGAACCCACACUGGAGAGAAACCUUACACGUGCUCUGAGUGCAGGAAAAGCUUUGGUUAUCACUCAGCCCUUAUUGUACAUAAGAGAAUCCACACAGGGGAAAAGCCCUACACGUGCUCUGAGUGUGGGAAAAGCUUUAAUAGCAGCUCUGCCCUGAGCACACAUGGGAGAAUCCACACGGGUGAGAAACCUUAUGAAUGCUCUGAGUGCGGGAAAAGCUUUAGUUGGCGUUCACACCUUAUCGCACAUCACAGAAUCCACACAAGAGAGACGGCCUACACAUGCUCUGAGUGCGGGAAAAGCUUCAUUCAUAGUUGGGCCCUCAUCUCACAUCGUAGAAUCCACACAGGAGAGACGCCCUACACAUGCACUGAGUGUGGGAAAAGCUUUGGUUAUCACUCAGUCCUUAUCGUACAUCAGAGAAUCCACACAGGGGAGAAGCCCUACACGUGCUCUGAGUGUGGGAAAAGCUUUAAUAGCAGCUCUGCCCUGAGCAAACACAGGAGAAUCCACACGGGUGAGAAACCUUAUGGAUGCACAGAGUGCGGGAAAAGCUUCAGUCAGCGUACAACCCUUAUCAUGCAUCAGAGAAUCCACACAGGGGAGACACCCUACACAUGCUGUUAGUGUGGGAAAAGCUGCAGAUGGAGCUGACCUGAUUAUACAUCAGAGAAUCCACACUGGUGAGAAACUUUAUGGAUGCUCGGAGUGUGGGAAAAGCCUCAGAAAUAGCUCACACCUUAUUAGACAUUGGAAAAUCCACACGAGAGACCUGUAACACAUGCCUUGAUUAGGGCUGGCCAAAAGUUUGUUGUUUUUUUUAAAUAAUCACAUUUGCUAAUUCCCACACAGUGAUCUGUGUACCAUCUUCACUGUGGUCUCAGGUCCACCAGAUGAGUUGCCUGCUUCUGCCUUUUGCAGCUCACCCU